AAAAUACAAAGAUCUCGUUAUAUGACAACCUCUCCAUAACAAUCAUCAGAAGGAUACAGCGAUGUACGAGCGAUGAAACCUAGUCAUUUUUGUAUGUUUGUUGUCAUUCUGAUAAGCUUUAAUCCAGCAAUUUUAACUACAGAUGCCUUGACAACUAAAGAAAAUUCAAAAUGGGGAGAACUUUGUGGAAAAACAACCAUUCUGACACCCAACAAGUCGCUUACAUUUCAAGGAAAAGUUAGUUCUGGUGCUCAAAAGUGUAUCACCAGUUUUAAAACAAACGCAGGGUACUUGUUUCGAUUAAAUAUCCGUUACGUACCUGACUUUCCGGGAUGUGGAAAUUCAUAUUUACAUAUUGGAAAUGAUAUGUAUCGGACUGACAUCGACUCUCUUACGUCAUAUAAAUUCUGUGAUGUCAUUUGGGAUUUAGAGGUGGUUUCUAGAGGAAACUAUCUAUGGAUUGUGUACAACAAUUCUGGAAAUGUGACACACAGUAAAGAAAAACCAAUAAUCAGGAUAGAGGUUCUUAAGGAAGUGACCUCCUGCCCAGAUGAUUUCUUCCGUUGUUCCCCUGUCCAGUGCAUACCACGUGACCAAGUAUGCGACAGCAAGAUUGACUGUCAAAACAGGAGGGAUGAAUAUUGCUUAAACAGUCCGUUGGGGAGUGGGUCUUUGCUGGGGAAGCCUGCUUGUUUUGAAUGUGCUGACGGCAGUUGUAUUAAUCCCGUCCUUCCUGUGUACGAUGAGGACUUCGAGAAACCAUUAUCAUAUCUCUGUGACGGCUAUAACCACUGUCUGGAUGGCACUGACGAAAGAAAGGAUAUGUGUUACAGAACGAAGAGUAAAGUAUCAGACCUGUUGACGUGCGUUCCCAUGGACACCAGAUAUGGAAUCAACACUAGUGUGACAAUGUGGCAGGACCGCGUGUGUGACGGAAUUCCUCAUUGUCUCUACGCCCAAGACGAGGCUUCUUGUCUUUCUGGUGUCACUGUGAAGUUCCGUAUGAACUCAAGUGUCAUCAUUAUUCUAACCUGUGCUGGAACCCUCCUUGUUGCUUGGAUAGCAUGUUUUGCGUACAGAAUACGUAACAAAAGAAGAGAAUCUUCAGAUCCAUUCCAGGAUCAAAUUACUUCGCGCAGUCGCAUUUAUCAGUCACGUGACUCCCAGAACCCUGCAGAAAUAUGUCGCUUACAAACUGUUUCUGAAGAACCCGAGAAAUGGGAGUAGAUUGGGGUUUCUUUUAAUUUACGUUUAUUUUACUACAUAUGUAUAUAAAAUUCCAUUGGUCAUUCUUUUAUCUCUGACAUUGUAAAUAAGUACAGAAUAAAAAUUUCAACUAAU